AACAGCAGUGAGAGAUGAUGCCAAAUAUUUUUAAAGACAAGUUCUUUUUGCAGGUCUUGAUUCAAAAUCCGUGAUUGUUUAGUGCGGGGAGAAAAAAACGAGUUAGCCUGCGCAGGAGCAUUUCUCCCAUCCUGAGAAGAGAGAGAAAGAGGAUGCAAGCACUGACACAGAAGGACAAGGGAUGCACUGGCAGAAAGUGAGCUGGAAAUUCCUGUUUUUUAUCCUCCAGCUCUUCCACGCUGCGCUAUUCAUAUUUUCAAUUAAAACAUGAACAACUAAAGUGACUUUUUUUUUACCUUGAGUGUGAUUUCUAGUUUAAAACAUCUACUCUCCAUUUUCUAACUCACUUCAAAGUCUUUUUCUCAUCCUUUAUUUUAAAUCACCUGCCUGUCUGUAUCCUGUCAGAGGAAUCCGGGAUGAACGACUGAUGAAGACAACUCCUGUGGGGUAGCAGUGAUUCACCGAGUCUGGAUAUUGGAAAGAUUUUUUUCACCUUCUUUUAUGAAACCCCAUCAAGUUUACAUUUGUCGGAUCUAUUCGGGAGACUGCGGCGGUUCAGUGAAAAGCGCGCUGGUGUUUAAUUCAGCGAUGCGCUCCGCUGGGAAAUACUGUGUGUUCCUGCUCCUGCUUAAAAGUGUCCUGUCGGACUCAGGAACCUCCAACCAAGUGGUUCUGUUGGACACAACAACAGUACUGGGAGAACUGGACUGGAAAACCUUUCCUGUCAAUGGGUGGGAUGCUAUCACAGAGAUGGAUGAACAGAACAGACCUAUUCACACCUUUCAGGUUUGCCAUGUGAUGGAGCCAAACCAAAACAACUGGCUGAGGUCUGGAUGGAUCCAGCGGCAAGCUGCUCAAAGGGUAUACGUAGAGCUACGUUUUACCCUGAGAGACUGUAACUCCAUCCCAUGGGUCUCUGGCACCUGUAAGGAAACCUUCAACCUAUUUUACCUACAGACGGAUGAACCGCUUCCUGUAAGAACACGGUUUCGCCCUUCUGACUAUGCGAAGGUGGACACUAUUGCAGCAGAUGAAAGUUUCACACAAACAGAUCUUGGAGAUCGUGUUCUUCGCCUCAACACGGAGGUCAGGGAGGUGGGACCGGUGACAAAGAAGGGUUUCUACUUAGCGUUUCAAGAUGUCGGAGCUUGUAUUGCCCUUGUUUCUGUUAAGGUAUUCUACAAACGUUGUCCAUCAACUUUAAGGAACCUGGCAGCAUUCCCUGACACAGUGCCACACAUGGACUCAUCUUCUCUUGUGGAAGUGAGGGGGGCAUGCGUGGAGAACGCAGAGGAAAGGGACACACCCAAACUUUAUUGUGGUGCUGAUGGUGACUGGCUUGUUCCACUGGGCCGCUGCAUCUGUAGCAUCGGCCAUGAGGAGAUUGAUGACCAGUGCCGAGCUUGUAAACCUGGCUUCUUUAAGGCAUUUGCUGGAAACACUAAAUGCUCCAAAUGCCCUCUGCACAGUUCCAGCCACGACCAGGCUGCUACGAUCUGUCACUGCGACAAAGGCUUCUACAGAGGUAUCCAAGACCCCUCCUCUAUGGCCUGCACAAGGCCUCCCUCUGCUCCGAGAAAUCUUGUUUCAUUAAUCAAUGACACUGCUCUCUUCUUGCAAUGGAUGCCUCCCAUCAACACAGGGGGAAGAAGCGACAUCACCUACAAUGUUCUGUGUCAACGAUGUGAUGGAGGUGAUGGUAGUGUGACCCCAUGUGAGCCAUGUGAACCAGAUCUAAGAUUCAUUCCACGGCCGCUCGGUAUAUCUGGUACCUCUGUGGCCAUACUGGAUUAUGCAAUUCAUGCCAAUUAUACCUUCCAUGUGGAGGCUGUGAAUGGCGUUUCUGGACUGGGUGUGGCUCCACGAUCACUGGCAAAUGUCUCUGUCAAUACGCAUCAAGCUGGUCCUGCCUUCGUGGGAAUAGUGAAGAAAGACUGGUCUACCCACAACAGCAUCGCCCUCUCCUGGUCAGAAGUGGAACAGACACCUUCAGACAUUAUAGACUAUGAAGUCAAAUACUAUGAGAAGGAGCAAGAGCAACUGAGCUACUCCUCAACACGGACUCGGUCCACCAGUGUGGUAGUUACAGGCCUAAGACCCUCAACUGUUUAUGUCUUCCAUGUGCGGGCUCGCACUUCAGCCGGAUUCACAGCUUAUAGUCCCAACUUUGAGUUUGCAACUGCAGCUGAGGAUCCCGAUAUUGCUGAUCAGGGUCAGGUUCUAGUGGUUGUCACAGCAUCAGUUGGCGGAUUUUCCCUUUUGGUCAUCCUUACCCUCUUCCUCCUCAUCACAGGACGGUGCCAGGGGUAUAUCAAAGCCAGGAUGAAGUCAGAGGACAAAAGAAGUCGCUUCCACAGUGGACAUGUCCCGUUUUCUGGUAUAAAGACCUAUGUGGAUCCAGACACAUAUGAAGACCCUACUCAGGCUGUGGAAGAAUUUGCCAAAGAAAUCGACCCCUCCUACAUAUGUAUUGACCGAGUGAUUGGUGCUGGUGAGUUUGGAGAGGUGUGUAGUGGGAACCUGCGUAUACCUGGAAGGAAGGAUGUUGCUGUUGCAAUUAAGACCCUUAAAGGUGGCUACAUGGAAGACCAGAGGCGUGAGUUUCUACGCGAGGCUUCCAUCAUUGGACAGUUCAACAACUCUAACAUAAUCAGGCUGGAGGGAGUCGUCACGAAAAGUAGACCAGUAAUGAUAGUGGUAGAGUACAUGGAAAAUGGAGCACUUGAUGCAUUCCUGCGGACCCGUGAGGGUCAGUUCACUGUGCUCCAGCUGGUUGGCAUGCUGCGAGGCAUCGCAGUGGGCAUGACGUACCUUUCAGACAUGGGUUACGUUCACAGGGACUUGGCUGCUCGCAACAUUUUGGUUGAUGGAAACUUGGUGUGUAAAGUUUCGGACUUUGGCAUGUCCAGAGUCCUUGAAGAUGACUCUGAGUCAGCUUAUACAGCUACUGGGGGAAAAAUACCAAUACGCUGGACAGCACCAGAGGCUAUUGCUUAUGGAAAGUUCUCUUCAUCUAGUGACAUAUGGAGCUAUGCCAUUGUCAUGUGGGAAGUGAUGUCAUAUGGUGAAAGGCCCUACUGGGAAAUGUCAAACCAAGAUGUUAUCUUAUCUAUUGAAGAAGGCUACCGCCUACCAGCACCAAUUGGCUGCCCAGUGACCCUACACCAGUUGAUGCUGCACUGCUGGCAGAAGGAGUCAAGCCAACGCCCAAGCUUUACCGAUGUGCUAUCUUUCCUUGACAAACUCAUUAUUAAUCCCAGUAGUAUGUUGACCCUGGUCAAUGACGCUCUAAGCUUUCCAGACUCCCCGGAGGAGAUGCCAGACUACCCUCUUUUCAUCUCUAUCGGCGAUUGGCUGGACUCCAUCAAAAUGAGCCAAUAUAAGAGCAACUUCCUGGCAGCAGGAUACACUACUCUGGAUUCUAUUGCCACCAUGAGUAUAGAGGACAUCAAACGUAUUGGAGUCUGUUUGAUUGGCCACCAGAGGAGAAUCAUAAGCAGCAUACAGUCUCUCCGUCUCCAACUUCACCACAUUCAUCAGAGUGGAUUUCAAGUUUGAGACCAUUCCGUAAAGCCAGAAUGUGUUUUUACACACUCAGCCUCUGCUCUGCAUCAUAAUUCGACUAAUUGCACAAACACCGGACUGUUAGGUGUUGCCAGUACCAUGUGCUGCUCAUAAGGGAGGGGUCUUGAUAGAAGAAUAGCGGCUGUCCAGAUAAUAUCCAUCCAUCAUCCUAAGUAUCAUAUUUCAGACAGCUUCCACAACAGCCAACCUCUUUUAGCAUUGGGCAAAUGGGAUAUUUUUAUUAUCUCAGCAAGUACUAGCAUCACUUGAAUUUAGGACUUCAUGUCUCUAGUGUAUAUUCAAGUGUUCACCAAUACCUCUUAUCUUUCCAAGUGACAAUCCAAUGGUUUCUAUUGACUUUGAAAGGUGUCAAGUCAGUUACCUCAUGACCACAGAAGAUGAGGAGAGCAUAUACCAUCUGGAGGCGUAUGAGAAAAUGUGUGGUUCUAAGAUUUUCAACUGAUUUAAAACAGCAAGUCCAAACAAGAUUUCUAAACUGAAGACCACUGAAUGUCAAGAGAUUUUUUUUUUUUAGAAACUGUAUGUUCUCUCCUCAUGAUAAUGCAGUAUGUCUUGUACAACAAGUCUUGUGAAAGUUGUAUGUUUUAUUCUAUAUGUUUCUUCCUUAAUAAACAACUAUAUUUUAA